CCGCGGAUUGUUCUAAGAGUUCACAAUUCUUACAGUGAUAUGAGUUAUCUCCUGAAAUUUAAACAAUAAUUACAAAAAAAAUCAGUAUAUAAUUACAAAUUAUACAAAGAACACGAAAUAAAUACAGUAGGUGUUACUGUUAUUGGGGUGUACAAUACGAUAUACAUGUAGAUACAACAAUAUGAAUGGUAAAGUAAUAUAAUAUAUUCUCGUACGUAAACAAAACCAUUACGGACUGACCGCCCUUCUUACGUGUUCCUCUGAUUCAGUUCCUCGAAAAAUAUGACUCAUCAGCCUCAAGUCGUAGAGAUUCGCCCUUUUACCGAUAUAUCAAGUUGUGCCAGUAAUAAGUUAAAAAAAAACAAGAAGCUUACGGUGAUACACAUGUUAAUGCUGAACAAACUUUCAAAGCUAGUGUAAAUGACAACUGCAAGCCUAAAUAAUAAGCCUAAGAAGUUCUAAAUCAAGAAUCGAAUUUAUACUCGCAAGUGGUCGUGGUGGACUGUUCUGGUAAUGGAGGGAAACAUGUCAUAUACACUUGAGUUGUAUAAUGAACAAUAUAGUUCAAGUAAUUCCAAUGACAGUGAAGGUGCUACUAUCCCAGGUUACUCUUACCCGUAUCAAGUCCAGGAUGUGUCACAGAUCUCUACCAUUGGACAGACCAAAGCCCAGGAUGUGUCACAGAUCUCUACCAUUGGACAGACCCAAGCCCAGGAUGUGUCACAGAUCUCUACCAUUGAAGAGACCCAAGCCCAGGAUGUGUCACAGAUCUCUACCAUUGAAGAGACCCAAGCUCAGGAUGUGUCACAGAUCUCUACCAUUGAAGAGACCAAAGCCCAGGAUGUGUCACAGAUCUCUACCAUUGAACAGACCCAAGCUCAGGAUGUGUCACAGAUCUCUACCAUUGAACAGACCCAAGCUCAGGAUGUGUCACAGAUCUCUACCACUGAACAGACCCAAGCUCAGGAUAUGUUCUGUCUUGUAACUGAUAAAGCUUCAGGCCUGGUCUAUUUAGUCCCCCAUCCAGCCCAGACGCUGGACACAUCAAGGAACAACUUACUCCAGACCCCCAUCUGUGAUGGAGGUGCACCAUCAUCGAGGGCAAUGGAACCACCAGCCACCAUGAAAGACGAAAAUGAUUUGCCUGAAAUAGCUGCUUUGUUGGCUACUGGCCCACAACUGGAUAUUGAUGAAAACUCACUUGAACCAGACAAACCUCAACAGAGUAGUCGUAAGCAUAAACGUAGCACUAUCUCUGCCACCCAUAGGACACCUAAAAACAGGUGCAAGAAAAAAUUGAAAAAGUAUCAGAUGGACGAGCCAAAAGAUCCAUUAAAAAAAGCACAGUGGGUAAAUGCCAAAAAGGCUAAAGAGUUACGAGAGAAAAAGAAGGCAUUGGAUAAAAAAAUAGAAGAAGAAUUAAAAACACUAAGAAGGAAAUUAGAAUUAAUUACAGAAGAACGAGAUUAUUUGUCAGGAGAGCUGGAAAAGGCAUGUACAGAGCGCGAUAGGGCAUGUACAGAGCGAGAUAGGGCAUAUACAGAGCGUGAUAAGAUGUCUAUAGAGAGAGACUUUAUGUCUAGAGAGCGGGAUUUGGGGUCAAGAGAGAUAGAUCGGCUGAGGGAGGAAUUGAGGGCCAAGAACGAAGAAUGUAAUCACAUUUUUAGUGGUCUCUUCCACUAGUGCAGGUAUUGAUAGCAUCCCAGCCAGGUUUUUGAGGAACAGUGCCACUAUAUUAAAGACAUCAGUAACAUAUCUAAUUAAUUAUUACAUUCAUACCAAUACUCUACUGGAUGAGUAUAGGUUUGCCAGAGUAUCAUUUAUAAGAAAGACGACAGGUCUGAUAUACUGUAGGUAAUACAGGCCAGUUGGUAUCCUGUGCACUGUGUCCAAAAUCCUAGAGAGAGCAGUAUAUGUUCAGGUGGAAAGAUAUCUCCGGGAGAGCAGGCAUCCUCCACAUUAUGGAAUCCCUAGUUACAGAAUUUUGCCCUUAUGGAAUUUUGAAAUUAUGACCCAAAUUUUGGACUAUGGAAAAAAACUCAUCUUUGUGGAAUUUGGGUAAUUUUUUACUAUUAAAAAAAAUCACGAUGUUUAACCCAUAUUUUUACCCAAAUUUGAAAAAUGAUUUUUUGUAGAUUUUCUGUGGCAGCCAAAAGGUGGUUGGAAGGCCGCUCACCUCUCAAGUUGCCAACAACCACCACAAAAAUGGCUUUGCUCAGAUAGAAUUCUUUUUCCAGCUUGUGUUCACUUAUGCAUUUGUGCUCAGAACUGAUUCACCCUUAUGGAAUUAUGGUUAAUUUAUUAAGAAUUUGAAAAGAAAAAAUUGUGAUAUUGAAUAAAAUAAUAUCACCGAAAUUAUAACAUGUAUUUCAUGUGGAUUCUGGUAGUAGGUACUUGACUGCUGGCAGGCAGCUCACCUCAUCAGCUGAUAAUAGCCACAGCAACAAUGGUGCUCCUCAGUAAGAAUUCUUUCCCUAGUUUAUGUUCAGUUAUAUGUUCGGUAAUGAUGUCUCUGUUACUGUGUCCCUUUAUUCAAGAUGAGUGACAAAACACCAUUAAGUUCAAGUGAAAGCAGUGGUGGUAAAAGAUUCCAUAAAAGAAUUUCGUUGAACAGUAAGUAACUCAUAUUGCACCACCUCACCUCACUCAGCACUCAACAUCAUUUCUGGUUAGUAAAAUUCGAGUCUUUUAUUCAUUUAUUAUCAUGUUACACCAGGAAAGAACAUUAUGUGGUUAAAACACCUAAUUUCAUCUUUAUAUAUACAGCUAGACUCCAACUUACGACGGGGUUAGGGACCCAAAUCCAGGUCGUAAGUCCGACAUAGAUAAAAAAAAAAAAAACUUUUUUUUUU